AUGUUGUUAGAGUUGACAGUGCUAUGGGCGGUAGUGAAAACCCGUUUACUCUCGCAUAAUUUUAUCUUCUACACAAUCACUACUGUCAUGAUAAUAGACAUUAUUGUUUAUAUACACGACAUCCUACAUGAUGUGCCAUCUUCUAUCUUGAAUAAAGAUGUCUCAAGAAACGCUCUAUAUAUCCGUGCUGGUACAGUCUUUGCAACAUUGGACAGAGCUCUUAUGUCUUCCGCUAUUAUCGGUGAUCCAUUUCUUCUCGAUUUAUACGCCAUUCUGGUUUCGAACUAUAAGUCGCAGAUGUAUUGUGGCUGCCAAUAUUACAGUAAUGCUACUCGGCUUGGCAAUGACAAGUAUUUGACUGACGAAAUGAACUCGAUAUUUCAGUUCCGCUUUUCACCACUUACUGUGGCUAUAUUUAUAAAGUUGAUGGUCAAUAUUGGGAUUAUGAUCUCACUAAACCUUACACUCGCAUAUAUGCAAGAACAAGUCUCAUUCUUCAAGUUCAGAUUAUCUCCUGUUCCAUAG